UUAAGAAUGAAAAAGAAAUCACAGAUUUAAAAAAUAAAGAAAAAGCAUUAAACAAUCGAAUUACUUCUCUAGUAGCAGAAAUCAACUCUUUGCAGGAAACUAGCCAGAAAGAAAAGAAUGCUCUAAUUCAAAAAAUACAAGAACUAAAAAAUGCUAAAUUAACCAGCGAAAAUGAACUCCAAACCAAAAUAAACAACUUAAAGGACCAAAUUAACUCGUUGUCAAUUGAGUCAACCCAAGUUAAAGAAAAUUUGGGUCAACAAUUAUCAAUUUUACAAAGUAGAUUAAAUGAAACUAAUAAGGAAGGGGAGAAAAAAGAAACCUCGAUCCAAAUAUUAACCACAACUAUUAAAAACUUACAAACUGAAAUAGAAAAUUUAAAAAAUUCUUCGCAAAAGGAGAAAAGCGAUUUACUACAACAA